UGGGUUCGACACUCGUCCGCGUCUGAUUCGCUUUGAGCCGUUAAUUCCCGAUUUCGCUUCUCGUUCAUCUUCGCUGGUUCAUGCUCACGAAUCUUCGCUUCACCCGAGGCAAAUGUCUGAAUCGCUCUUCCCAGUGAAUCUUCAGCUCCAUCGUCAUGCUUUCUUUUCGAACCCUCACUAGCUUCGUCUCUCUCCCUUCUCCAUCUCCGGCGCCGUCGUCGCGUCGCCGUGUAUUCUACCCUCCGGCGGUUGCUGCUGCUGCUGCCGCGCCGCCGCCUCUAGAGGUAACUCCCGUGGAGUCUGAUCGAAUCGUCGUUGGCUUGACGGGGCUAAAAAAUGGAGGCGGCUUAAAGGAGGAGGACAGUGCUACAACUCUUGACGGUGGCUACGGACGUCAAGGAGGAGGAGAGGAAGAAGAUGAGGAGGAGGAACAGGGGAUUUCGAGUAUCCAUGUGCCUCGGGAGAAAUACAUAAAUGUUUCGAAGUCAGAUCUAGUAAACGGCAUCGCGACGGCGCUCCUAGAUUCCCAAGACGGAGAUGCUGAUCUCUUUCUUCUCCUUUCGUCAUGCUUGGACGCUAUCAUUCAUGCGGAGCACAAGAGGAUUCUAGAGCAGAUGAGGGCCGAUCACUUCGCAACUCAGUCCAUGGAGGAGGUAAGGGACGAUGGUGUGAUGGGUAAGGAAGAAUCCUCUAGCUCUGACGAAGAAACAGACACUGAGGAACUUACCUUGAAUGCCAAGAAAUAUCUGCCUAGGGGUUUAGAUGGAUAUGAGAGCUUGUCAUUACCAUUGCCUGAUGGUUUUGACAUAUGGAACUUUCUAAUUUCUUCUGGAAAACAUGGCAAAAGACGCUCGGCACAAAGCGUGGCUGCUGCAACCCGGUUCCAGCGGUCUUUCAUUCAGCUUCUCCACAAUGCCGGUUUUGAAGAGCUUUCAGCCAGGGAUUUGGCCUUGACCUCAGCCCUGAACACUGAUUACCUCCUUACUCUGCCUAUAUAUGUUGAUUGGAAGAAGGCCUCUGAAUCUAAUGCGAUCAUUUUCCGGCGUGGAUAUGCAACUGAGAGGCAGAAGGGUUUGCUACUUGUAGAAAAACUAGACUUUAUCCAGUCUAAACUUCUGCGGGGAAUCUUCUCUAUUAUCUCAAAACCCCUCUCAAAAGUUGGCAAAUGGAUAAACAAGGCUGUAAGUGAUGUUUCUCAAACACAAGAAAUACAAGAUUGGACAGAGAAAACGAAAGUCUGGCUUAAGGAGCUAUCCCUUUUUCAGCAAUCAUAUCUCGACCAAGGGAAAUUUUCCGAUAAUUUUUUGGGAGGAGAGCUGCUAUCAGAUUCAGAUCUCCCCAUAUGGCUAGCAGCACAGAGAGCGGUCAAUAGGUAUGAGGGGCUUCUUUCACCUGUUGGUCCUCGUGAAAAGCUCUUUAGAAAGUUGCUUGCCUGGAUUGGUCUCGUUAAUCCCGCUUCGGAAACACCAUUUCAGUUAGAGAAUGACAAUAAUGCAUCUGAUCCUUAUUUGAGGCCGAUUUUCUUAUCAAGGAUGACGCUGGGUGAUAUAUGGAAACCUGCCUCAAAGAAAGCCUGCGGAAAUGAUAUUUGGAAAAGAAUAAAAACUUCUGUCUCCAUUCUUCUAUCACCGUCGACUCUGCAGGAGCCUGCAUUUGAAGAGCUGAUAUUGCUUUAUACAAAGGAUGCAAGUGAAAAGGGUGAUGAGGAUAAAGGCGAAACCCGGUCAUUACAAUUGAAGAUCUUUGAGAGAAUUCCAAUUCCAGAUUUACCUGUUAUUUUCCCUCACAAGAAGUUAUACUUCCGCAUCAUAGAUACAGUACGACUGGAUAUAGCUACAAUUUUGGGACUCUCAGCAUACUUCAUAAAUUACAAGUUUGAGAAUAUCCAAUCCUCCCCAUCGGCGUUAUUUCUUGAUGUGAUCGCUGUUACUGCUCUGAUAAUCUAUGUAACACGUGUGGCUUUGGGUUACAAGCAGACAUGGGAUAGAUAUCAAUUGCUAGUGAACAAGACGCUUUACGAGAAAACAUUGGCAAGUGGGUUCGGCUCUGUUCAUUUUCUUCUGGACGCCUCAGAGCAGCAGCAGUACAAGGAAGCGAUUUUGACUUAUGCGAUUAUUCUUAAAGCAGGAAACAACCAGGACAAGUCUCGACAAGGAGUUCAAGAUAGAUGCGAGAGGUUUCUGUACGACACUUUCAAGACAAAGAACGUGCAGGUUGAGAUGCGAGUAGAAAAGGCUGUGAGCACGUUGAUGAGGCUUGGCUUAGUAACAGAAACAAUGGUCGAAGGCAAGGCCAGGCUACAAGCUGUUCCUUGUCCACAGGCUUAUGCCGCUCUUAAAGACCGAUGGAACAGUCUGCUUGGUUGAUGUUCCCAAAGGCGAAAAAGCCAUAAUAGAUCUGGGAACACAGAUUGUUGCCCCAUGAACAAACAUCUCUGAUUCUCCUCAGAACUCGAGAGGUUGAGAUCUUGUGAAGAUAAAUACUCCUCCU